GCUUCCGGAUCGUGUGUGCGUGAGGGGCGGCGGCUGGAGGCUGUUCGGGGGCUGCUUCCAGCUGGCGGUGCUGAGCGGUCUGCCGGGGGUGAGCGGGUCCGCACGACUUUCGCGUUCGACGGGAGGGGAUGGGCCCGGGGUAUGGCGGUGCCCGCAGGCCACACGGGAGGGGGAGGCCGCGGGGCCCGCGCCGGGUCUGUGGGCGGGGGUGGUCCGCGUUUGGCUUCCCCGUCUCUCCACCCCAGCCUGGAGUAAGCACCGUCACCCGUCCUCGGGUCGCUCGUCAGCCCUUAGCAUCGCGGUGUCUGGGUUUACUUCAUCAUACAAGUUCUUUGCUGCCAGAAUGAGGCUUGUCAUUCUUGAAGACUAUGAUCAAGCAAGUGAAUGGGCAGCCAAAUACAUCUGCAAUCGUAUUAUCCAAUUCAAGCCCACUCAAGGAAGAUACUUCACACUUGGCCUACCAACAGGUAGUACGCCUUUGGGAUGCUACAAAAAGCUGAUAGAAUAUCACAAGAAUGGAGAUCUCUCUUUCAAAUAUGUGAAGACUUUCAACAUGGAUGAAUAUGUAGGACUGCCCAGAAAUCAUCCAGAGAGUUAUCACUCGUAUAUGUGGAAUAACUUCUUUAAACAUAUUGACAUAGAUCCAAAUAAUGCUCAUAUCCUUGAUGGGAACGCUCCAGACUUACAGGUGGAAUGUGAUGCAUUUGAAAAGAAAAUUGAAGAAGCAGGAGGGAUUGAUCUGUUUGUUGGAGGCAUUGGUCCAGAUGGCCACAUUGCAUUCAAUGAACCCGGAUCGAGUUUGUCUUCAAGAACAAGAUUAAAGACUUUAGCAAUGGACACCAUUUUGGCAAAUGCUAAAUACUUUGAUGGAGACUUAUCUAAAGUACCAACUAUGGCGCUUACGGUUGGUGUGGGUACAGUGAUGGAUGCUAGAGAAGUCAUGAUUCUUAUAACGGGUGCACAUAAAGCUUUUGCAUUAUACAAAGCUAUUGAAGAAGGUGUCAAUCAUAUGUGGACAGUUUCUGCUUUCCAGCAGCACCCUCGUACUAUCUUUGUCUGUGAUGAAGAUGCUACGUUAGAACUAAGAGUCAAAACUGUGAAGUACUUUAAAGGUUUAAUGCAUGUGCACAAUAAACUCGUGGACCCACUGUACAGUAUGAAAGAAAACUGAGAGAAGAAUUCAAGAGGAACUGCAUGUGGGUCAACGGCAACAGUUUUAGGUAGCAGAUGAGUUCACUGCUAUGCAAUAUACUGAAAACUGUUUAAAAUGGGAAAUCCUAGGUACUGUAUUUUUUAAAAGGUCCAAUAUAUGUACAUUCACAUUCCUUCUCUAUUUGGUGUUGUGCAUUUUGCUUUAAUAUGUAGAACUCUGGCUGUUACAGUAACUAAAUGGAACUGAACAAACCUGUGGGUCAACUGCAUGUUAUAUAGGGCUGGAGGGGGGUGGGACAGUGCACUUAUUUUAGCACAGCAAUGCAUUGCAUCUGCCUGUUAGAGGAAGUGAUAGAUUAUUUCCAAUAAUCUGUAAUUGUGGCCUCCAUUAGUGCAACUACAUUUAGCAUUUGUAUUUCUAGGCAGAAUGGUUUUGGCCUUUGUUAAAUACAAUGGACUUGUAAUAGCUGUACAAUUUCUACUAUGAAAUGUUCUGUUUACAUAAUGCACACUGAGCUUUUGCACUUGAUUGCCUUAAAUUUAUCUUAUAGAAACAGUGUUUGGGCAUCUCAAGUCCUGCUGUACAAUUCAGGCAAAUAAAAAUACAGAAACAGUGCCUAAAACUGUACCCAAUUCUUAAAAGUGUUAUAACUUACUCUGGUUACUUGCAUUAAAUGUCUGCCAUAGCACUUUUCCUCACAUGUAUUAUUUCAAAUUACUUUAGGGUUUUUAUAUUUUUGGUAAUUGUGUUUUAUAGAUAAGGAGAAAUCUAAAUGUUCCUUUGUGGGUAUUCCUGAUUAAUUGUAUUGGAUGGUGUCAUUAAAUGCCUAGAAAGAGGUUAAUUUAUAGGUAUGUGAAAUCUGCAAAUUUAAAUGAUCAUGUAUUAAAGUGUACUGUUAACCACUCUGUUAUAAUUACCUCUUACUGUAUCACUAUCAAUAUUGAACUGUCACAAGGAAUGUUAUUUCCUACUUUGAAUAAGUAAAACUUUAAAUUUAAACCUAUCCUUUUCAAAUCAUUUUGUUUCUGAUGUGAAGUGGAGAGGCUCAUUAUUUUGUCAUGUUCGUAUAAGGAAGAGACUAAGAACCCACAGGGGUUUUUAUUAUUUUUGUGAUCCACUGGCAGAGCCUAACUUGAAUUUAGUUUUUCAUUUAAAUGUUAAUUUCUUGUUUUGCUGCUGUUUUGUGCUUUAAAAAAAUAAGUGGUGGCCUAUAUGACAUGCUUACUGAAUUCUUAUUAGUUUAUAACAUUAAACAGACCCUGAACUAUGA